UGCUUGUUGCUGCACGUCUUCCUGUGCUCCUGUUUAAAAAAACAAAAAAAACUUUGCUGUAGCUCAGACCACUCCCUUCUUGUUUCACUAGCCUAGUUUAGUGACGAGAGGAAGGCGUUUCAGUCGAGUUGGUUCUUGUCUGUCAUUGCAUGUCACGACUAUGUGUACACUGGAGGACAAUGGCGGAGGCCUGCGCUCUUGAAGAACUCCAGUCAGAACUCACUUGUCCGGUGUGUUUGGAGCUCUUCCGCGACCCAGUCAUCCUGGAGUGCGGACACCACUUCUGCCAGGUGUGCAUCAUCCAGUGCUGGGAGGCCAAGGCGGACGAACUUUCCAGCUGUCCCAAGUGCCGCAAGACUUGUGGGCGUAAACUGCGACCCAACUCGCUCCUGUGUAACGUGGUGGACAGCGUGCGUCGAGCCCGGGCCAUGGACAUUGCCGCGGGGGGUGUGCUGCCUGGCGGCUCGGACCCGGAAGGUCCUCCGGAGGAGCUGGAAGAGCGGGAACCCGGGUCCAGCAUGAGCAGCGUGGCUUCGUCCAUCGGGCACUGGCCGCGUCUCUUCGGACCGGACCUGUGUGAGGAACACGAGGAGAAACUGAAGCUUUACUGUGAGGACGACCAGCUGCCGAUAUGUCUGGUUUGUGGCAUGUCAAGAGACCACAAGACACAUAAUGUCAUUCCCAUUAACGAGGCCUUUGAGAACUACAAGGAUAAACUGACUGUGGCUCUGGAGAGAGUUCAGCUGCAGUCAGAGGGUGCCUCGCUUUUCCAAAAGCAAACCAACGAGAAAAUCCUACUCAUCAAGGAGCGAGCAGGUGACCUGGAUGAGCUGGUCACUGCCGAGUUUGGUCGUCUGAGGGAGUUCCUCCAGGAGGAGGAGGAGCGUGUAAAGGAGAAACUGCAGAAGCAGAAAGAGGACAAACUCACCCAGCUGGAGGAGGCGCUCACGGAGGCCACGCAGCAAAUCAGUCGGCUGGAAAGCACGGCGGACCAGCUCCACCUCAAACUGAUGGAGGAAGAAAACCCUGAGCAGCUUAAGGGGAUUAAAGAUUUCAUUGGAGGGGCUGAGAGUUUGUUUGAGCGCCCCCUAGAUGUGAGUGAGGAUCUGCAGUCAGGAGAGUUCCUGGGACCUCUGCAGUACAGGACCUGGAGGAAGAUGAGCACGGUUUUUCAGCCAGCUGUGACAGCAGUGUCACUGGACCCGGACACAGCCUACCCCUGCCUGUGUGUUUCCUCAUGUCGUACCAGCGUCCAGGUGGGCAAAAUCCAGCCUAACCUGCCCAACAACCCGGAACGCUUCACUCGCUACAACAUCGUCCUGGGUUCUGAGGCCUUCUCAGUGGGUAGACACUACUGGGAGGUGGAGGUGGGCUCCAAGACGGCGUGGGGUCUCGGUGUGGCUCAGGCUUCUGUCAACAGGAAGGAGGAGGUUAACCUUUGCCCCGAGGACGGUUUCUGGACCGUGGUGCUGAGGGACAAUGGAGACGGCACCAGCGAGUACGAAGCGUGCACAGACUCGGAGGAGGACAGCUUGUUAUAUCCCCUCAAACCUCCAAGGCGGGUGGGGGUCUUUUUGGACUACGGCCGCGGCGAGGUGGGCUUUUAUGACGCCGGUGAUAUGAGCCAUCUGUUCACAUUCUACAAUGCCAAAUUCAAAGAGCCAGUUUUCCCUUACUUUAAUCCUUGGCCUAUUAUUAACGGACACAACCGGGAGCCGCUCACCGUUGUGACACCACACUGGGGGUAGACGCACAUUUGGAUGAACUGUACGUCCUGUACUAUUUUCAUGGUGUUGAGCAAAGGCAACUUUCCUGGAAGAUCAAAACAUACAAAACGCUUAAAUAACAAAUGGCACAAGUAAUUAUGUUUUAUAUAUUUGCUAUCUAUAAAAAAAACAGAGAGUGAUCUCGAACAGGCUCUUGAAUGUUAAUACUGUAUUAUUGGUGCAAUAUGUAUGUUGAGUGUUGUAGAUUUACUGUCAGACUAAACGCCAUCUGAUGUUCUUUAAUACCAGUGUUGUACUUGCACUGUCACUUAUAUAUAAGAAAAACAGCAACAUAUAACAUAACAGCAAAUACAUACAAUGUAUAUAUAAGAAAAACAGCAACUCAGCUUUAUGAUUAUAAGUGAAAAAGCCUAUUAUUAAUAUGAACUUUGCUCUUUUUUUCCCCAUUUUUGCAGUUUUUUUUUAUUUUUAAAUUUUCUUCAAUAAUCUUUGGAAAUUUUCUUCUUGUGAUACUAUGACUUUAUUCCCAUAAUAUUUUGACAUCACUCCCAUAUUCUAACUUUUUCCCCAACCUAAUUUUCCAAAAAUUACAACUUAAUUUGUUUUGUUUGUUUAUAUUAUGACUUAAAAAAAAACAUAUAUACAUAUGUUUUUUCUUUAAUAUUUAAACUCCAUGUUACUAAAAUGUCGUUAUUUUUCCUCAUAUUAGGAGUUUAUUCUUGUAAAAUUGUGACUUUUUCUUAAUAGUUUUGUUAAUAUUGUCUUUAAUAUUUCAACUUAAUGCUACUGAAAUGACAAUAUUUUUCCUCGUCAUAUUAUGACGUUAUUCUAAAAUGACAACUUUUUCUUGUUAGAUUACAACCUUUUCCUCUAAAUAUUUAGACGUUAUGACUACUCCUUUGUCCAUUUUUGCUGUUUUCUUAUUCAAUUAUGUUUUUAGAACAUACCGCGGGCCAAUAAAAAAACAUCAGCGGGCUGCAAAUGGCGCCCGGGCCGCACUUUGGACACCUCCGUGCUAAGCUAUCUGAACAAAACAUCCACAUCUUUUUAUUCAUUUUAUUUUUACAAUAUGCCAAGGGCCAAUAAAAUGUGCUGAAAAUGACACUUGGCCUGUACUUUCCACACCCCUUGCCCAACAGGUACAAAGAGAACUGGAUGAGUUUGCAUGAUUUUUGCAAUUGCCAUGUUUUACCACCAGAGGGCCCCACAGUCCAUUGGUGCUGCUGUAGUUACAUUUCGCCGCUAGAGGGCGAGCAGAACAUUCUUUUUAUUCUUGCAUGACUUACUGUACUUUGUCAUUGAGUUUAUCUGUUAAGAAUCAAGCAAUUUAGCACAAUGUUUAUUUUUUAUUAUUAUUAUGUGUCAAAAAGCAUGGCAGAUGGAACUGUAACACGUCAUAACCUUGACAUGAACCUCUAAUUUAUAGUACUGCGGUAGUGAUAUCUAUUUCCACUUAAUCUGCUGAUAGCCCGCGUCCAAACAGUUUCUCUUCCCGUCUCAGCUUGAUGAAUAGCUUUGUGCGAGUGGAGCCAAUUGCGUAUCUCUCGCUUCUAAAACAAACAAAUAAAUAAUGAGAAGAAUGACCUGAAAGAAUGCAUCUAUUAUUCAUGCCUGUAUUUAGACAGCUUUUAUUGGCUGCCAGGCUUACUCAAAUUGUGCUGAUCUGUAAUUAGAUCUUAUUGCAGGAAGGUUAACACGCAGUAACACAAGCCCUCACUACUAAAUUACGGCCAAGUGACGCUCCCGCUCUCAUUCGUCUCACCUUUGUCCCCAGAUACGCUACAGGGACAAAACACCUCUUAGUGAAUGAAUUCAUCAGUCAGACGCGUCCAAAGAGUGGAAGCUGUAUUAUUUCUUCCAUUUUCACGUCCUGUAAGUGUAACGAUUGGGUGUCACAAUACACAGCCUGAAAGGUUGAACACAAUCCAUUCUGGAAGUUCUGAGUUGCUGUUGAUGUCAUUUAACCUUUAUUAAAUAUGUAGGCCAUAGGGUGAAUGGUUUGUCUAUAUGUGCCCUGCUAUUGGCUGGCACCCAGUCCAGGGAGUAGUCCGCCUCUCGCCCAAAGCCAAAAUAUAGAAACGUACAGUACAGGAAAAUGGACGGAUGGAUGAAUGUGUACGUAAUGAAUGUGGAUACUUGCAUCUCGCCGUAUGACAGAAACCACGCCACACCAGUCAUCAUCGUUAAGUUCACCAACAGGGAAUUCAAAACCACACUGCUGAAAGGCACGGAAGUCUACAUGAAUGAGCAUCUGACAAAGCCCAACGCUGACAAGCAUCUUAAAGAGGAGGCUCUGCAGAGGGUGACAUCCCAUUAGGAAAGCUAGCCAAGCUACAUUCAUUUCUCAUUGCUGGACAAAAUGAGCCAAUGAUGUAUUGCAUCAGUAAAUGUAAGGAUUUCAUUGAUGGACAUUUUAUUCACUAACCCAAACAGCACACACUCUAUGCUGGUAAAAUAUGUGGAAAAGGUAAAAAAAAAAAAAAAAAAAAACGGAAUUCUAAAAAAUUUUAAUGGAAAAAUCGGAACUUGGGGGGGAAAAAAUGAUUUCAUAGGGCCCUAACAGAGUUUGUUAAAAAAGAAAGUCAUAUAUUCUAAAUCACACCACAAAUUGAUCUAUAACCAUGUCGAAUGAUUAAUCCUACCUUUGAUCUUUUAUUGGAUCUUUUAUUGGAUUGGGGACGUGACUCACAGAGUUUUGUUACAAAAGCCAAACAAUAUUGUCGGUCAUGCUGUGUCAUAAAAAAGU